CAUUGCAGUUCCUGGCCAGCUGCUUGUGUAGGAGCACUUUUUAAAGGAAGACACUUGUCUCAUUAGGUAAUUACCCCUGGAUGUUCUAGGCAAUGUUUAAUCAAUGCAUUUGAUAGGUAAACAUUAACCUUAUGUGCAGUCACAGUGAAGUCUUCCCGUUUCUGACACUGUCAGCCGGCAUGUAAUAUGAUAACACUUUUAUUCUGUUUGUAUGUUGUCUUUUAUGUCUGAAGUCUUUCCCCCUGAAAUGUGUUACAAGGACUUUCAUUAUAAACCUGUAUAUUCAGUAAUUAGACCUUGGAGCUCUAGAACAUUUGGAGAACUGGUGGUGGAGCACUCAGUGGGAGAAUUAUCUUCAAUAUGGAUAAAAAGGACAUUGGACCCUGAGGGUGAUAAGUGAUCCAGGAAGGAGAUACAGGACUUCCACAAAUUAAGUUUUCUUUGGAAGACAAUGGUGCUUUGCAUCGCUGACCCACCAAGGAUGAACAAGGAGAGAAACCUGAUGGCUGCAAGAAUAUUAGACCUCACCCUAGAGAUCAUCUACCUGAUAACUGGAGAGGAUUACACAGUAGUGAAGAAGUCGUCUGGUGAGUGUGUGACACCCCAUGUGUCAGGAGGAUGGAGCAGGACCCCAGGAGCCAUCACCGAGACUCCACCUCAUUCACUGAUACAUGAGCAGAAGAUCAUAGAACUUACCAACAGGAUCACUGAGCUGCUGACCGGAGAGGUUCCUAUAAGGUGUCAGGAUGUCGCUGUAUAUUUCUCCAUGGAAGAGUGGGAGUAUUUAGAAGGGCACAAGGAUCUGUACAAGGACGUCAUGAUGAAGGAUCACCAGCCCCUCACAUCACCGGAUGAGUUUAAUAGAAGAAAUAUACCAGAGAGAUGUCCAAGUCCUCUAUAUUCCCAGGAUUGUUCAGAGGGAAAGCAAAAUGUCCCACGGGAUCAUCAGGUCCUUAAUGUAAUAUUCUUGCAGGAAAGAUAUGGUGAAACAAUGAGUGGACCUGUAAACCCCAUAUCAGAAUCAGUGAAUGGUGAAGACUGUAUGAGAGGCUCCGACUCAAAUCUCCUGUUAUCUCCUGCUUAUACUGUAGAAGAGAAUCCAUCACUGAUUAUCAAAAAUAGAACUGUACAUAGAGCAUGUUCUGAAUGUGGGAAGCAUUGUAAAAGCCCAUUUACAUGCUCCGAAUGUGGGAAAUGUUUUCAACAAAAAACAAAUCUUGUGACACAUCAGCGAAUUCACACAGGAGAGAAGCCGUUUACCUGUUCAGAAUGUGGGACAUGUUUUAGUCAAAAAUCGAGUCUUAUGAGACAUAAGAGAAGUCACACAGGAGAGAAGCCAUAUUCAUGUUCAGAAUGUGGAAAGUGUUUCAGCCACAGAUCUAGUUUUCUGGGACAUCUGAGAACUCACACAGGGGAGAAACCAUACUCAUGUUCACAGUGUGGGAGCAGAUUUAGUAAGAACACAAGUCUUGUUCUUCAUCUGAGAACUCACACAGGAGAGAAGCCGUAUUCAUGUUCAGAAUGUGGGAAAUGUUUUAGGCACAAAUCAGCUCUUGUGAGACAUCUAAAAAUUCACACAGGGGAGAAGCCUUUUUCAUGUGCAAUAUGUGGGAAACGUUGUAGCCGGAAAUCAUAUCUCGAGUCACAUCAGAGAACUCAUGCAGGUGAAAAGCCGUUAUAAUAUUCAGAUCAGAUUGUAUGAAAUGUGGGACAGUGUGGGACCUCUACAUCAGGAUGCCUUGUAAUGUAUAAGUUAAAGUUGUUGUCCAGCAUUAGAAGAUCAGAGCUGCUUUCUUCUAAAACAAUGCCACGCAUGGUCAUUUUGCAGUUCUGCUGUAUUCAUUUUAAUAGUGCCGUUGCCGUACCAGACAUAACGCAUGAACAGGUUCAGCACUGUAUAUGAAAAAAAAAACAUCCAUGUUUUU